UGCCGCGUGCUGACGUGCUGGCACGCGCCGCUCCUCGACAUGGCCCGCCUCCACUCGGCAGUUGUACUCGCGCUCGCUCUCAGCUCGCUUCUCACAGAAAUAGCAGCCGAUUGCGACGUCGUCAGUAAAAAGCAAUGGGACGGUUUGAUCCCGGUGCACGUGUCGUACCUGGCGCGGCCCGUGAGCCUCGUCAUCGUCCAGCACACAGUCACACCCUUCUGCAGGACGGACGCUGGCUGCGAGGAGCUCGUGCGGAAUAUCCAGACCAACCACAUGGAGGCCUUGCAAUACUGGGACAUCGGACCCUCGUUCCUGGUGGGAGGUAACGGCAAGGUGUACGAGGGCUCCGGCUGGCUGCACGUCGGCGCGCACACCUACGGGUACAACUCGAGGUCCAUCGGAGUCGCAUUCAUCGGCAACUUCAACACGGACGAGCCGAGCGGCGCGAUGCUGGAGGCGCUGCGGUCGCUGCUGCGCUGCGGCGUGGAGCGCGGCCACCUCGCGGGGGACUACCGCGUCGUGGCGCACCGACAGCUCAUUGCCUCUGAGAGCCCCGGCCGGAAGCUCUACAACCAGAUACGACGCUGGCCUGAGUGGCUGGAGAACGUGGACUCCAUCAAGAACGCGUAACAUUAUCACAGCGUAUCGCAUAGCGCCGUUCUUGUUGUGUUCAGAUCUUGGACAAGUGUCAACUCAUAUAGUAUUUACGCGUAAUAUAAUUUAAACUACUUAUAAAUUAAAAUUAAAACUG